AACAGGGUACAGCCAUCAUGUAUUUCUGGAGAUUUUACCUGAACAACUCACUAAUGGAAUACCACCCCAGAACAUUCAUGCUGACCUGUGCCUACCUGUCCUGUAAGAUGGAUGACUUUAACGUGUCCAGCACCCAGUUUGUGGGGUAUCUUGUGCAAGAGAGUGCGACCGGACAGGAGAGGGCUCUGGAGCAGAUCUUGGAGUAUGUGCUCCUUCUCAUUCAGCAGCUCAACUUCCACCUGGUGGAACACACCCUUUACAGACUGAUGGAGUGCCUGCUCAUACACCUCAAGACAAGAUACCCUCUUCUGGAGAACCCAGAGUCUCUGAGGAAGAGUGCUGAUGACUUCCUGACUCGUGCCACCCUGAUGGACACUGGCCUGCUGUUUCCCCCGUCUGAGAUCGCCACGACGGCCAUCCUGAACAGUGCGUCGCAGGCCGGCCUCAGCAUGGAGAGCCAUCUGACAGAAUGUAUGGGACUGAAGGAGGACAAAGAGACUCUCUUAUUAAAGAUGUGCGACGCGAUGAUUCCAAAUCCAACCACAAGGUGGAAAGCUUGAUCAAAGUUGUGACUGCAAAUCCAAAUUAUACAAAUGCUAUUCAUGGUGUUGUUUUACGGACAAUCAUUUUAUUUUUUACACAGGGAUAAAAACUCAUGAAAAAGCAUGAAUUUCUGAAACAAGAGGUGAACGCUCACAAAAUGAACCUUUAUUAUUUUAAUUGUUUCUUUUUUUUUUUACCUUAGUUUGGUAAAUAUUUUCUUAACUCUUCUUGAACUGCA